GAAAAAAAAAUAACGGGACAUCGGCGAUAGAGAUUGGUCACACCGACGGCCACAUCAAAUCUGGGGGUCUAGCGUGUGACCCUGUUAUUUCUAUACUGCAAUAAAGUAGCUGUGUAAUAUUAGAUAAGUUGUGUGUCGUUGUUAGAUUAAUAUACGAAAAUUUUAGUGUAAUAUAUGUGCAAAAUAUGGAACGUGCGACUGGAACAGAAGUGUACGGGUGUGGCUCGCCCCAUUCUACGGACAUCACGCUAAAUAUACAGACUACAACUGGUGGUAAUUUCUCCGUCAGCUUGAACGGUAAAAAUACAGUGGAACACCUUAAAAAAUUGGUUUCCAAGAAGUUAAAAGUGUCAAAGGACCGAAUAUGUCUUCUGCACCGCGAAAGACAACUCCAGGACGGCACUUUGGACGAGAACGGCUUGCUGGACGGCUCGCGCGUCAUCCUGCUGCCCAGUGUGGAGACGGGCCUGCUGAGUCAGAGGCCUGAAAAUUCUGUCAUGCAAGCUUUAGAAUCACUUAAUGACACACAAGUAAAUGACUUUUUAAGUGGUAAAUCUCCACUAAACCUGACAAUGAGACUUGGUGACCACAUGAUGCUGAUACAGCUUCAGUUAUCCACACUGAACUCUUCAGGUGGCACCAAAUCCCUAAGGACAUCUACACCUGCGAAAGCAUCUAGCUCAACAAGUACAAAAUGUGAUCAUUCAGAAUCUUCAAGUUCUCAGAGCACCUCUCAAAAGAGUUCAAAGAAUGAGGAAACAUCAAACAGUGAUAAAGUCAAAAAUGAAUCCACAACUCCAAUAUUACAGAAACAAGAUUUGGAAAUGUUACAAAAUGCUUUCCAGUUGUAUCGUACAAUGGCUGAAGAAAAAUAUGCAAAUAAAACUGAAACCGAUAAAGAAGAUGUUGAUGCUUCUAAUUGUACAAUGUCAGAUCUAUCAGAUACAUCUUUAGAGAAUGAACAAUCACCUAUUAAGUCUCUUUCUAAUUUAGUGUCUAGUCCUAUGGAUGCAUCAGUUUCUGAGAGUAGGGAAACAACUAUUGCAAAUUCAGUUAAGAGUAGUUUAAUAGAUCUUUUAUCAAAUAAUAAACUUCCUAAUGAUGUGACUCCAUCAACAAGUGCUGUUUGCGACAAAACAUACUCCUCCACAGCAUCCCUCACACCUGAAAGCUCGCUCAGUGAUGACAGCGACAAUUUCACAGACCAAAGUUCAUUUCUAGCAGAAAGCACCAUAGAUGAAUAUCCAAUGGAGAAUUUAUUCAACAGUGCUAUAGACAAAGGCUUGUUUGAAGAACAAGAUGAAUCUAUGAUGGACAGGGAGAUUUCAAAUUUGGCUACAACCAGUCAUGGAAGUCAAGAGUCUCCAAAUGGGUCUUUACCCUCUUUCCAAAGCUUAAAUGAACCUUUAAAAAAUAAACGCUUCCAAUAUCUUCUACAUAAAACAUCAAAGUUUAAGCGUCCCAUUGGACAGAAUAAACAGAAAGCAUUUAUGCAAUCUGUGGUUAACAAGCACAAAAAACGGAUGCAAAUGAGACAAGAAACUCAACCGCAACCAUCUACCUCCAGAACUGAGCCUUAUGUAGGGAGUGUCAAGAAACCUGUACCUUUAAGUACCAUCAUGGCUGAGGAUAAUGCUGUACCAUCUACAUCAAAAGCCUCUUUCAAGGCUCCGGAUGCACCCAAAAAGGCACAAAGAGCCUCUCCCACCCCACCAGUUGACACAAAGGCUCUUAUAGAGGCUUCAAAGAACUUAACACAGAAACUUAAAAGGUUAUCGAAAGAGGUUUUGACAAAUAAACUUGAUCUCAGAAUGGCGGAGGAAACUGUGCGCUCCAAGAUAGGUCCCGGUGCUGUGAUUGAGUCAAUGAAGCAUCAUGGUAAAGGAAUAUAUUCGGGGACAUUCUCAGGAACACUCAACCCUGCUUUACAAGACAGGUACGGUCGUCCGAAGAGAGAUAUAUCUACCAUUAUUCAUAUACUGAAUGAUUUGUUGUGCGCAUCUCCGCCUAUAUCGACUCUUGCGCAGAAGGAAUCAAAACACAUCUGUUCACUUGGUGUGUCAGAGGAGAGCGGCAAGUGCGGCUGUAGCGGCGCGUGCUCGCUGGGUCAGUGCGAGGGGCACGCGGCCAAGCCGUGCGCGUGCCCCCAGUCGUGCCAGUGCCCCCGGCGCGACCCCGCGUGCCCCACGUGCGCCACCACCUCGCCACCCGGACAAAUGUGCAAGAAGUGUGACACCGCAAAGAUUCUCGCUAUGGAAAACUCAAAGACUAAGUGUAAAUUGGAGCAGCUGCGGCUUGUGAUGCAGCAGAAGAAGCAGCGGCGCGAGGCGAGGAAGCUGAAGACGCUGCCGUAUGCGGGCGCGCCCCCCAAAGCGCUGGGUUCGCCCGACGCCGCGCCCCCCGGACCCCCUGCGCCUCCCGUGCCCGAGGAAAUAGAGACCCUCGCCUAGCUCGCACCCCCUGCACCCCCCGCCUAUACACCAUACGACGUCACUUUGUCCAAUCAUUCACCUAUGCUGUCCGCUGUACAUCGAUAAAUUUCAGUUAUCUUUAUGUUUCGCUUCAAUCUACUAAAUCUAUUAUUCUACAAGUCGUUUGAUGUCUUAACAUAUUUAACAAUAAAUAUUACAAAGACAGUUCCACUAACAUAAGUACCAACAUUUUACAUACAUCUUUCCAUAACAGUAAAUUUACCUUUGAAUCCAUAAUAAACUAUUAACAUGAACUAUUUAGAACAUGAAGUAUAUUGUUAAAAUUUAACGGAUGCCUAAAAGUUACCA